AGGAAGAGGAGUUGCUAUGACGGCCUUACAGCGCGAAAAUGAGACAAGUACAAAUUGAGCGGCGAUGUAGUUCCUCUAACUUCUUACCCAUGUUCCAAAAUCACACUUCAAUAGAGAUAUCAUUUUCUGAACAAUAAUUUGCCAAUUACACUCUGUUAGCAAUCACCAUGUCGCGCCAACUCAUCUCCAGCGAAAAGUUCCCCACUAAGCCGCACAACUGCCCGGCAACCAAGGUCCCAGGUCUCGUAUUCUGUGCCGGACAAACAGCCACUGGCGAGAUCAAGCAAGCAACCAGAACCGUUCUGCAGAACCUCAAGGAGGUGCUUGAACUCUCAGGUUCUUCGCUCGACAAGGUCGUCAAGUACAAUGUCUACCUCGCAGACAUGAAGGAUUUUGCUGCCAUGAACGAAGUGUACAUUGAUUUCUUGCCCCAGCCCAUGCCUUCGCGCUCCUGUCUUCAGGCUCUGCCCCCUGGAGAUGGAACUGUGAUCGAGAUUGAGUGCAUCGCGCAAGCAUAAAUUUGGAACGGGUUUGGGAAUAUUAGACGAGGUGAAUUUGCAUGAAUAUGGUCGAUAUACAUAUACGCUUAGUCUCUUAACGACGACUAAGCUGGACUGAAAGGGAAAAAGAGCAUCGCAAGUCAAGGACUGUCGCGUCUCAAAGAAUAGAAUAAAUAUAACAAUCAAUGAAAGUAAAG